AUAUCCAGAUUUCUGCAUCCUUCAGUGUGUUUCUUCCUAGACCUGUUGGAUGUUGUGUGCGGACAUGCGUAAAUUUUCAACUUCUACCAAAUCAUUUCUACUCUAGAUAAUUUGGGUUUCCCAGUUGUACUAAUUUCCUAAUAGGUAUACCAGGUGUGAAUUGUUGUAAUCACCUUGCGAAGGGAUUUUCCAGCUGAACCAAUUCUGCAGUAACUGAGAACCAAUUAUUUUGUUGUGGGUGCCAGGGUGUUGCUCCAUUGAUCAGUAUUUUCAAGAGACAUCAGCAGAAUCAACAUAGUCCUGGGACGGUAUCUCGCUCGUUGGCAGAUCGUUUUCGUUGUUUUUUCACCCGCUAUUAGUUUGGAUGCAGCGCAGUCCGACCUUUAUUAUGCCUGAUAACACGGAGGAUGCCGUUCGGUUAAUUGAGCACGCGCUGGACGUGUUCCAUAACACAGGCGACAUCCAGCAGCGCCGACAAGCGGAGUCAUUUCUGGAGGAAUUCGAAGAAACCGAUUACGCAUGGGAGAUCUGCCAUCUGCUGCUGGUGAAAGCGACGGACCUUAAACACCGCCAUUUCGCAGCUCGCUGCUUCAAAGCCAAGAUAAUGCACAAUGUGCACAAGAUCAGCAUUGAUCUACGCUUCAGAGUGCGUGAUAUGCUGCUGAGCCAUUUGGAGAACAUUACGAACAAGGAGGACCGUCCGGUUAUGGUUGCUUUGUCCGUAGCGCUGGUGGAUUUGGCGUUGCAGAUGUCUGGCUGGCCGGACUCCGUCAGUGAUGUGAUAGCAAGAUUUGGUGAUAAUACGUUUCUCCUUCCCGCUUUGCUGGAAAUAUUGACGCUUUACCCUGAAGAGAUAACUAACAAUAAAUUACGUCUACCCAAUGCCCGGCGAAACCAGUUGAACGAGGAACUGGCGCGCGUUGGACCCAAAGUGAUUUCCCUUUUGAGUGAUUGCGUACGCAGGACUAGUAAUCGAUCUGAUGACUGCAUUGCCAAAGUGUAUAAUUGCUUAGGAAGCUGGUGUAGCAUAAGUGCGUUGCGGACUGAUGAGCUGCUCAAUACCGACCUCUUUCAUAAUUUAUUCUUAUAUCUGAGUUCACUCGAUACAUCACUGGAAAUCCACGAAGCCUGUGCGAAUUGUUUGGUCUGCACGCUACCCGAUAUCGUGCACGAAGCCACCGCUUCGAAGCGGAAAAUUGACGAGCUGGUUGAGUCCGUUGUGAAAUAUGAGCAUUUGUUUGUGCAUUCUGUACGGAAUGAAGAUGUAGAUAGGUGUAAGAAUUAUGUUCGAAUAUUUGUUUCACUGGGGGAGACUAUUUUAUCGUGCGAGAAGGAACAGCUAAAUAUUUUUUCGUAUCCAAAGCUGUUGGAGAUUCUACUCACUUGCUGUGAUCACCCGGAUUAUGAAGUUAUCGAAAUUGGGCUAGAUUUCUGGCAGAUGCUAACGGAAAUCGCUUCGAGUAACAGCCAGAAUGAUGUCCAAAUAUUUAAAACUUGCUUCGCGCGACUGCUGAGUUCGUUAUGGAAAAGCUGCCGAUACGAUCCAGAUGGGGAUUGGCUGCUGGAUGAAGAUGAAGAAUUCGAAAGUUACCGCAAUCAUGUCUGGGAAUGCCUGAAUGAUAUGACGGAUGUGAUCGAUUAUCCAACUUCAUGGCAACAUUUGAUGCAUCUGCUGUCGGAACACCGCUCGGAAUGGGAUGCAGUAGAAUCCGCUUUAUUUUUGAUGAGUGCUCUGGCAUCUAAGCUUUAUAAGAAAGAAGGCUUACCAUUGAUUCAACCGGUCAUAGCAGCUCUCAUAUCAAUGCCUGCGACUACUAAGCUGUGUUUCGAGUUCACUGUGUUGAACCUGUUCAGUCAUUUGGGCUAUUGGUUUGGAAAUCAUCCCGAAUAUGCAGAUCAUGUGCUUUCCCAUAUCGAACGAGGCCUCUGCAAUAAAAAAUUAGCUGAUCCAGCCAGCCGAACAUUACAAGAAAUCUCCCAUUGUUGCCGUUCCCAUUUGACCAAGUAUUUCCGGCAAUUGAUGGAUCUCUUAUCGCGUUUGGAUGGAAUGGGGCUACGUGAAGAAGAAAUGGAAGCCGUAUCUCGAGCUACCGUUAACGUCCUCAACGAUAUGCCAGACCACACACAAUUAGCAUGUCUCCGUCAGCUGUGUGAUAUAGUGCGAGCCCCACUGGAACGCGUCAUAGCAGAAGCCCGGAGUACUCCGCCGCGCAGUCUGGAUCGAGAUCGUCAGAGGAGCAUUAUGAUAUGGCUCAACCACUUGGCAUCCGUUUUUAAGCAUCUAUCAACGGAUAGGUUUCCUAGAGAAAAUAACCCGGUUGCAGAAGUGAUAAAUGGGGUGUUCCCGAUUUUGGCUGACAUCGCUGUGAUAUUUAUGAAAAACGAUGAUAUUAUGGAAAAGGUAGUCCGAUGCUUGCGUUACAUGGUGCGAUUUCUGGGGAAGGCAUCCGGUGCUACUCUUCUACCAGUUUUUGCUAAGUUCACCGAUUUGUACAGCGAAGCCCAUCAUGCAUGCAUCCUUUAUUUGGCCAGCGUAUUGGUUGAUGAAUUUGGCGAUAUUCCUCAAACGCAGGAAGGAUUUGCGUCUAUGAUCGAUGCUCUGUGUUCACCGACAUUCACCAUAUUAACAUCGGAGGGGAGCGUGCGCCAACAUCCGGAUCUUGUGGAUGACUUUUUUCGCUUGUGUCGGCGAACGUGCGAAAGAUCGAUAGCGACGUUCGUGCUUCACCGGCAGAUUGAUGAGAUUAUGAAAUGCAGUUUAAUAUGCUGCGCAUCGUCGAACCAGCAGGCUAGUCAUUCAGUGUUUUCCGCUUGGAGUGCUUUCCUGUCAAAUGGAUACAAGGCGCGCAAUCUUUAUCCUCAAGUCAAUGUGUUGAUAUGCCGGUAUGCCCCGGAAUUCAUCUCUAGAGCCUUCCAGUGCAUGUUUCGAGAUGCGUUUAACCAUACCGUGACCGACGUGGCACAGCUCUUUGAGGAUUUGUAUCCCUAUGAUCCCAGUGGCUCGAAUUUAUCAAAUUGGCUCGACAGAGCUGUUGCUGGUUUGCCACCUCCUACUCAUGUCAGCGAUAAUGACAAGUCAGUUGACGCUCGCCUCAAAGACCUCAGGACUACUCUGCUGAUGGAGAGCACACUUGAUGCAAAAAUUGCUGCUGUGUCCACUUUUGUUAAUAUUUAUAAAUAGCAUGAAUUCUAAAGUUGUUGGAAUCGAAUAAUCGAUCUUGUGCAAAAGUACGCAAAGUGUUGUUUUUCCUUUGGAACUAGUCAUUGUUGGUUAUCGGAAUAAGUUCGAUAAUUUGGCACGAUAGGUUUUUGUAUGAUUUUUGAGCGAUUUCGAUGGUUUCUAUAUGGUUUUAGUCAGUUGCGGCUUGAGGGAUUUACCGCUGCUGCGGGUUUUACCGCUGCAUUACUGGUCAAUGACAAACACCGAUGUUGUUCUUUUUUUAUUAUUUAAAUCUGACUAUCUCGAAUUCUUUUUCGUCCAAAUAAAAUGAGCGACUCUUGACAA